CCGCCGCGCUGACAGUCGCGCAUAAACCACAGACGUGGACAGUAGUUGCCGGUUCAAUAUAUAUAUACUAUAUAUAUUCAAAUAGGGUCGCACGACGUGAAAAUAUAAAGCCAUAUAUAUACGUGCAAGCACCUACACAGCAAAAAAUAACCGCGUCCAAAACACAUAUUUCACCGACACGAUGUCGUCCAUUGAUAAUCUGUCCAUACGCCCGCUGAGCGCUGCGCUGGCCCUGAAAGCGCAACAGGAGCUUGGCGAGGUGCCCGAGCGCGUGCCAGAGGAUAUUGAGACGAUGCGCAUUUGGAUCUCAAAGCAACCCCAUCUGAAAGCCCGCGAAGAUGCACAGUUUCUGGUCGCCUUUCUGCGAGGUUGCAAAUACAGCCUAGAGAAGACGAAGCUCAAGCUGGACAACUUCUACGCAAUGCGAGGCGCUGUCCCGGAACUGUACAAGAACCGCUUUGUGGGCGAGAAACAGCUGAGCAUACUCAAAACAGCCUGCCUGCUGCGUCUGUCGCAGCCUCUGCAAGUGGACGGUCCGCGCAUACACAUCUCUCGCUAUGCGCAAUACGAUUCCAGCAAGUACUCCAUUGCGGAGGUCAUGCAGGUCAACACCAUGCUGGGCGAGAUACAAAUUAGAGAAGAUGACAAUGCAAUGGUGUCUGGAUUUGUGGAGAUAAUUGAUAUGAAAGGCGUCACUGCCGGUCACAUGUUCCAAUUCGACCCGGUCCUGAUCAAGAAGUUGGCUGUGCUCGGAGACAAAGCGCUGCCGUAUAGACCCAAGGGAUUCCAUUUCAUCAAUGCACCAACUAUAGCUGAGAAGGCAAUGUCCAUAGCCAAGAGCUUAAUGAGCGACAAGAUACGCAAACGGUUCCAUAUACACUCCAAGCUGGAUUCGCUGUACAAAUACGUUCCUAAGGAAUAUUUGCCCAUUGAGUAUGGCGGCACCAAUGGCAAUAUACAAGAUAUCGUCGACACCUGGACAAAAAAGCUGUUGGAGUACACGGAGUUCUUCCAGCAGGAUGUGAACUAUGGUACAAAUGAGAAACUGCGAAGUGGACAGCCCAUCAAUGCAGAAACACUUUUUGGCAUCGAAGGCUCGUUUCGAAAACUAGACAUUGAUUAGUUUAUACGUUUAAUUGUAGUACAUAUUUUUACAAAACAUAUUUUUAAUGUUGUAACAAACAAUCAGAACACAAAUUAAUUAAA